UGCUCAACAAGCUACCGCAAGUAAUAGUAUGCCGUAACAUUUAUGUAUCAAGUAUCACUUAGCAUUUUAAUUUUUCUUGUAAUUAAUACGAUAUGGCGAUGUUACAUGCAUGUGUUGUAUCUUGCAUUUUAGCUUCUUUACACGCGGAGGCGCAAUUUUUGCCUGUUUCAUCAAGUAGAAAUGCUUCUCCAGUAUCGGAUAGGGACAUUUUUAAUAGUUUUGAGACAAUAUUUCAACAACUGUUAAAACAAAAAUUAAGGAGAAUUGCUCCCGGGGAACCGAUUCCUGCAUUUGAUGUGGAGAUAAAACCUGUAACGACAACACGGAGUCCUCCUAAAAAUACCUGGGACUGUUCUGAUCCGAGAAUAGAAUGCCCAAGGGGGACAGAGUGCGUAGCAAUGGGAUCAUUGAGGUCACAACAAACAAACCUUUGUCCUAGAGAUUUAUCUUGUCCCUGUAUUUGCAAACGAGGCUGUCGCUUUGGAAACCAAUUUUUAUCGUCAGGACUGGAGGUCUUGAAUAAAAAGAAUUGUAGGCUGUGCCAUGAAGAUGGAAGAAUAGAAUUCGGAACCAAAAAGAAGAAAUGUAAAGAGAUGAAAAAACGAGCUUCUAAAGUUACACUACUUAGAUUCACUCCAUAGUAGUUCCUGCUUUAGUGGUGUUUCUCUAUCCGGACUAUUGUUUAUGGUGAUAAUUGUAUUUACAUAAGACGCAUGUGAUUUUUUUGAAAGAAACUCUAAGCUUACAAGCUCAUGAACAACAGCCAAGUAGGAGUACUAGUAAUAUUGCAGCAUAUAGCACAUCUCUGAGCAAACUGAAAAUUAUUUAAGCCCUUGUCAACUUUGUGUGCUUUAAUGGAAUAUAUGAAUAUGAUAUACAUGUUGUUGGAAAGAAAAUACAAUAAGUGUUAUUUCAGUUUUAAAAUGGCAUGACCUGAUACUUUUUACGUUAGUGCUUAAUAUAUACAUGUAGUCUUACGUUUAAAAAUAUAUAUAAAUAAAUACAUGUAUAAUCUAUUUGACACAAUUUACUUUUGAAUACCUUGUACGCGUGUCAUUUAAUUAAUUUACCUAGAAGUGUUAUAAAAGAGUAAAAUUUUCUUGCAAUGAAAAUGGU